AUGGCCAUUCAGCUUUAUUACUUUCCAGUCAGAGGUAGGGCUCAAGCCCUGAGGUACAUGUGCAAAGAUAAUGAUAUUAAACUGGAAGAAACUGCCGUUACCUAUGAACAGUGGCCUGCCCUCAAGCCAAAAACUCCACUGGGUCAAAUGCCCUAUAUAACUAUGGACGGAAUGGAUCUGGGACAGUCUAAUGCUAUCUUGAGACACGUCGCCAGAAAACAUGGAUUUUAUGGUAAAAAUGACAAAGAAGCAGCGCUGAUAGACAUGCUGAAUGAUCAGCAGGAAGAUCUCAGAUUUGCUUACAUCCAAAUGAUCUACAGAGAUUAUGAAUUGGGGAAAGAACCAUUCAUACAGAAACUUCCUGAAAGUUUUAAAUAUUUUGAGAAAUAUCUGUCCAUGAACCACAAUGGCAAAGCCUAUUUUGUUGGAGAAAAAGUAAGUUUCCUGGAUUACGAUGUAUUUGAUCUUCUGGACGAUUUGUUGGUCCUAUCGCCAACAUGCCUUGAUUCAUUCCCACUGCUCAAAGCUUUCCACAAGCGCUUUGCUGACAAACCAAAGCUGCAUGCAUAUAGGGAAACUGAAGAGUUUAAGAAGAUGCCAAUUAAUGGCAAUGGCAAACAGUAA